GAUAUCCGAAAAGACAUGGCAGGUCGUUGUGGAAUGAGGAAUUCCUCAUUACCACUCAGGAGGACGUUGAAGCCAUGGUCCAAUUUUUGACCACCAAUAAUAUUAAACAAGCGGAGAUGUUCGUUUACACCAAGGCGGUCGAAGGCGGUUAAGGUCAUUCCUCUGCCCGAAGCCUAAACCGCGCCCUCGGGGAAUGGUUACAAGGCUGAGACGCGGAUCGCUUCGGUGGUAGGCGGUUAGCCGUCGGCUCGCCUCCCAAUCGCACGGUUGCGUGGACCUCCAUGUGGAGGAGCGUUUUUCCAGCUGCCAUAUGAAGAACUGCCCGUUGCUCACACGGUUUGAAGGAGAACCGCCCCUUCGAGGUGCGGUUUUCGAUUAAUGGUGGUACUUUUGGGAUUUUGUUGGGUCGGGUGGUAGUUUUGUAAUGUUUUUAAACAAUUGUAGUUGGGAAAAAAUCCUUGUUCUUUGGGGUCUGGGGAGAUGAGAGGAAGAGAGAGAGAGAGAGAGAGAGUGAGAGGGAGGGACGUUGGUAGGGAUGUGCAAUGGGUGGUUUGGGUGAGUAUUUGGGCAAAAUCCACCCACUCAUUGUUAUGGUGGGUGGGUGACGGCGGAUGGUGGAUGGAUUUGGCGGUUUUGGCAGGUCAAAUUAUUUUUAAAUAAUUAGAUAAUAUGAUUCAUAAAAGUUUUCAUAAAACUAAUUGAAUAUCAAUGAUACAAUCAAUAAAAUUGAUAGCUAUUAAACGUAGUUUAUUGUAUAAUCUAACACCAAUGAAUAUAAAAUAUUUUAUUGAUAGUUAUUAUAUUUUAAAGUAAUUGAUUUUUAUGUUAUAAAUCAAGUAAAAUCUACAAAAUAUCAUUGUAGUUUGAUUGAAUCAAGCACGAGUGAAGUUUUGAGAAAAAAAUGUGUUUUAUUAUAUAAUGUGCAUUAAUGAUUUAAUAUAUCAUGUGAUUUAAUCCCUUCCUUUUUUCCUUGUUUUAUAUAAUAAUUUUUUUUAUUAUUAUUAUACCUAAUUAAAAGUUGCAGGACAUAACCGUCAAUUCAACCGUUCAUUUAAUAUGGUCGAACCUGCACUCAAACGCCGGGGUGUAACAAUCUGGGCAUGGGGUUAAUCCAUUAGAGGUUAGGGUAUAGUAUCAUACCCCAAACUUGGUUUAAUUCAUGGUCUAGUACACCAGUCAGACCCAACAUUAUACAAAGUUAGAAACCGCAUCAAUGUUUGAGAAUCCAAAAUUCAAAAGCUAAAUAAUUAUUCUUCUAAUUAUUAAUCAUUCAGUCUUCUAGCAUGGUAUUAUAGCUCUUCUAACCCUCUGCUCUCUUUCUUCCUCUUGUCUCUCGUUUUACUUCUUCUUCUCCAGUUUUUCUCCGUCCUUCUAUGGAGGUACACUCUUCUUCUUCUUCUUCUUCUUCUUCUUCUUCUUCUUCUUCUUCUUCUCCAAUGAUGUGAUUCUUUACCACCACGUUUCAAUUUCGGAUCCCGUGAGUCCAUUCUUCAUACAUCCUUCUGAGAAUUGGGAGCAAUGUCUUGUUUUUCAACCCCCGGAUGAAGGAAAUUUCUCCAAUUGGGAGCGCUCCAUAGUGCUCGGUAUGGAUGGCAAGAACAAACUCGAUUUCUUAAAUGGGAAAAUUUAUCAACCAUAAGAUGAUUCUCCUCUGUUUGAGCCUUGGAGUUUGUUUAACCAUAAAAAAUCAGCUUGUACAACAUCGUUCAAUUAUCAUAAAUUCAAUGGAUUUAUAAGGCCAACUCAACAUUAGACUUGUGACACUUGCGAUGUGAGGAUCUUACCAUGAAUGGCAAGUAACAAGGCAUGUGGCUGGGUCUAUGGAGGCCCUUAUGCUCGGUUGAUUGGUGGGUAUACCAUACCACUUUCAUGGCAUGAGUAGCUGACUGGGUGUCUGACAUGGAUUGUUUACCAUCCAUGACACCCACUCCAAUUGGGCCUAAAUGUAGAAAGAUCGAGGUGGAUGUUAUAAUGCAUAGAAUCUCGAGCCAUGUGCCUCCUCCCUUUCGGACAUGAGGUGUCAAAUAGUUCAAGGUUAACCGACCACCAUGAUGGUCAGCAUGGCAACCCUUCCUCGCCUUCAGCUAGUCACAAUAUCAUCUUGAUGUCUUAUGGGCAUGGUUUUCAUAGCUAACUAGGACAUGAAUGAGUAUCUCAAUUGGCAAAUAAGGCGUUGGCAGUAGAGAUCGUGAAGUCAACAUGCCUUGAAUUUGUAUCUCGUACUUGCCAUGAGGUAGAGUUUGAGUCGGAAAAGGAAAGACAAGGAGACUAAGAGCCAUGUUCUCUUAAGCCUCGCUAAUGAGCUAGCAAUGGAAUAACUGGUGGAUUGGCCACAUUCAAGCUGGCCAAAUAAGUUAAUGAUAUAAGUCCUUGUCCCAACCAAGUGUGGUGCUUGCCUGCCUGGUCAAGUCAGAUUUGGGGGGGGGGGGGGGGGGGGAUGAUUCAUAAUUUUCAGCCUCUCAUCCUGUUGGCUACUGGAAAAAGGGGCGAUCAUGAUUCGGGUGAUGACAAGGGGACACAAGAUUGUGUUAGUUGGUUUGCGGGCCGAGUACGGAGGUUUAGCAGCUUAGGAUUACUAGCCCUAAUCAUUUGCCUAGAUUUAUAACUUGAAAAAUCGAUCAAGAGUUUUGUUUUCGUUGAUUAGGCCAGUAUCACGCCCGCCCAAGCUUUAUACACAAAAGGAGCCUAAUAGGAGAAGGAAAUAAAAAACUUCCUCAUGUUUUCUCCAUUCAACAGUGAGCUGGGACAUUAAAAAAAAGGGGACAAAUCAUAAAUUUUAGCAUCCUGGCCUACUGGUACCUAAACAAUCACUAGAGUUCCUCUAACUUGCGACUUUGUAAGCCGGGUAGGAAGAAAGGUUGAGAAGGUUUAUUUGGUUUGGCUUGGCGGCCUCGGAAAGAGGCACAAUUUAUUUGUGGGACUGUGGCAGGGCGUGUAAAAGAAAAGGUUUGGAAUGAAAUCCUCCAAGAGAAACAAUUCAUGGUUUGGCCAUAGAUUAUUUACAAGGCGAACCACUUUGUUCCCCAAAUGCUUUCCUUUGUCAAGGCUACAAAAUAAUGAAAUUUCGCUAAUUAAGUUAGUCUACCUUGAAAAUGGCUUAUGAGUGGUAUAUGUCAGUGUUGACUUGGUGUUUAAAGCAUGAGUUUGGCUUUGGUAAUGACGAAAUCAAAUUAAUCUCUUAGAUGGUCGAGUUGUUGGGGCCAUUUGUUUACCCAUUAAAAAAAUUAGCUUGUACCACAUCGAUUAAUUAUCAAAGAUUCAAUGGAUUUACAAGGCCAACUACAUUAGUAAUUAAAUGAGCUAGAUGAGCCUUAUUGGGUUGGAUUUUUGAGCGUUAGUGGCCAACCUCACUAUUUCGGGCCUAGUGGCCGGCCGCCCCCAUAGUCCAUUGGAGCCAACAGGGUACCAAACUGGUAAGGCAGACUUGGUACCAAUACAUGAAAAUUGGCUAAGUACAGAUUCAACAUGGUACCAAGCCGUCCAGGCAGACCUUGUACCAAGACACAAGGGGGUUCCAAGCCGGCAAGGCAGGCCUGGUACCAGAAUAUUAAAAUUAGCUAAUUAUGGAGCCAACAGGGUACCAAGCUGACAAGGGAAGCGUGGUACCAAGACACCAAGGGGGGUACCAAGUCGACAAGGCAGGCUUAAUACCAAGAUGUGAAAUUCGGUUAAAUCUGGAGUCAACAGGGUACCAAGCAAACAAGGCAGACUUGUCUAGUUACCAAGUUGGUAAAACAAGUUGGGUAGCCAAGCAAAGGGAUACCAAGUCGACAAGACAUGCUAGGUAUCGAGUUGCUAAAUCUCCCAAAAAUUAAGUAUGGUGAUCAAACUGGAAGGGUGCCAACCCUAUGAGGUGACAAGGUGGCCAGAUGAGAUGGCAACCUGAUUGGGUACCAGGUCGCCAUAGACCAUCCAUAGGCGUGGGCGCUGGUCGACUAGGAUACCGAGGCUGAGCUAAGAUGUUGUCAAUUUGAUAAUGACUUGGUGUAGAGCCCCUUAGGGGUCCAUAUGGAGACUAAGUCCUGAGACAGACUUGGUGGCCCCUAACGGGUACCAAGCCUACAUGGCGGCAAGGUAACAACUUGAUGUGAUUCCAAAAACUAAGUAUGGAGACCAAGCCGGCAGAGCUGGCUUGGUAGCAGGGGCCGACAUGACUAGCUUGGUAGCACAGGGGUCAAACCGGAGAGGUCAAGACUUCUUCUUGGAGCAAGGCGAAGAGCUUCAACCUCAACCGAACCAUUAAAAAUAUCAAACACCCUCGUUCAAACAUUGUUUGGAGAGGAGUGAACCGUGUUUAGAAUCGUUGUUCAAGAAUUCAAAGGUGCAAAGCAUUAAUAUCAAACACCAGAUUUUCCUCGUCGGAAAAUAGAGCCGCAACAACAAACUUCUAUUAAGAUGGAUCCAACAUUCUGUCAAUUCUACAAUUGUUGAGAGCAUUCUUUACUUCUACACUACAAUCGGUGCUUAGACAGUUGAGAGAGCAAUUCUCUCAAGGCGACUCCUUUUGCAUCGUUGAUCUUCACGACUCUAUCUUCUAGAUUAAGCAAGGUAUAAUGUCCAUAUCCCAAUACUACUAUAAGCAAAGAGCUUUAUGUGAUCGGUUAGUGAAUUAUAGGUUCAUACCUGACUGCGACUAUGGAAUUACUUGUCAUUGCAUCCUAGCUUCCUUGAGAAAGUAUUAUGGAACAAUCCAAGUACCACAUCUGAAAUACAAGGGAAAGUAGCCUUGUAUAUUAGUGUCCACGAAUAGCAUUAGUACGAGGUCUUUUGGGAAGGACACCCAAAAUUAAAAUUGAGGUGGCUUGGCCCAAAGCGGACAAUUUCGUCCUAAUGGAGCAUCCCAACUUUGACAAGUGGUACCAUAGUCUGGUUUGGUGAGGGGCGGUGGGUGUUAGUUUGGUGGACCCUCAUUCUGUGACCUUCGAAUUUGAGAUAUGUUUCUGUUUGGUGGAUCCAUGAGAGAUCCACAUAUGUUUGGUGGAUCAAAUGGUAUGUGUUUGUCUAGUAAAUCAAAGGUGAUUUACAUCUGGCUUGGCGGAUAAAGAUAACUGCUAAGGGAGGACACAAAAUUCGUGGUCCUUGUCUUGAAGGGAGGAUUGUUAUGGGACAAUCCAAGUACUACAUCAUAAAUACAAGGGAAAUGACCCUUGUAUAUUAGUGUCCACCAAGCUCAUUAGUACGAGGCCUUUUGGGAAAGAUACCCAAAAAGUAAAACCGUGCGUGUUUGGCACAAAGCGGACAAUAUUGUAUUACUGGAGCUACCCAAUUUUGACAAGUGGUAUCAGAGCCUGGUUAGGUGUCUGGCGGUGGAUGUCAGUUUGGUGGACCCACAUUUUGUAAACUUAGGAUUUGAGAUCUACGUCUGUUUGGUAGAUCCAGUAGAAAUCCACGUAUGUUUGGCGGAUCAAAGGAGGUCUGCGUAUGUCUGGUAGAUCAAAGGUGAUUUACAUAUGGUCUGGCGAAUCAAGAUAAUCGUUGAGGGGAUGACACGAAGUACGUGGUCCUUGUCUUGAGGGGAGGAUUGUUAUGGGACAAUCCAAAUACUACAUCGGUAAUACAAGGGAAGGGACCCUUGUAUAUAAGUGUCCACCAAUCUCAUUAGUACGGGGCCUUUUGGAGAGGAUACCCAAAAGUAGCCUUGUAUAUUAGUGUCCACCAAGAUCAUUAGUACGAGGACUUUUGGGAGGACACCCAAAAGUAAAACCAUGAUGUCUUAGCCCAAAGCGGAAAAUUUUGUCCUAAUGAAGUUGUCCAACUUCG